AAGCUAGUUAGCAAAGUUAGUUUAGAAUAUUAAUAUGUAAAAUGGUGGAUGUGAACCAGUUUAUUAUGGGAUGUUGGAAACCUUGGAAGCGGAUUCAGGCUGGAGAGGUUUCAUCUCCAGGAUUGUCGGACAUCUUUGCUUCUGAUCAAGUUGACCUUUGAUUGGGCGAUCAACACCUCAUGAUGACUCUCUCCCAGAACCACUGACACUGGGAGACGAUCCAGAACCAGCUUUGGGUUUAGUUUGAUCCGUUCUAAUCGUGUUAAAUGUUUAUUUUUAGGACAAUUUUUGCCACAUUCUGCUGCUUUCUGAGCAACAUUCCUUCAGAGGUUUUUAGUGUUUUUCCUCCUCAGCAUUUUUCUAAUCCAACCUGAACCAACUUCACCAAACAGAAAACUAUAAACUGUUCUGUAUGUCGCAAACAGCAAGAGGUUAAAGGUCAGAUUAUCUGAAGUUCUGCCUCAUAAAAGAAUCUCCAAAGACCUGGAUCUGUCCGGACCGCCAUGGAAAAAGUUCUGCUGGAGUUCUGCUCUCCAGUUUUCCUUUUGCUCCAGAUUCCAGCCUGGAAAAAACCAAAAGCAGAGAAAAUGAGAACCAGACGGAGGGAGGAGGGGAUCCGGAUCAGAUGUCUGGGAGGAGGAGGAGUUCUGGUCCGGCUCGGCUGUUUGGGUCGCAGUCUGGAGCUGCGCAGAGACGACCCAGCUGCUGUCUGGAGGAAACCCACAACUUUCAGAGGAGCUGGAGGGUUGGAGGAGGAGCAGAACCGGAACCAGAAGCAGAACCAGAACCAGAACCCAGUCGGACCUCCUGGCGGAGCAGAACUGGGUCAAAGAAGGCGGCAAAACUCCUCCAGGUGUCCUCUGAUCCAAGCAGCAGGGUCGGUUCGGGGGGGAGGAACCGGGUCCAGUCAGCUGAUCUGAGUACUGUUCUUACCAGACCGUUUCCAUGGCGACUGAGAUGGAGGCCAGCAUGGUGGGAGCAGUGAACUUCCUGAAAGAGUGACAGAAAGACAGAGAGAUGGAGGAGAGAGAGACCAGAACCAGCCAAAACCAGAACCAGGAAACCAGAACCACCUGAAGCUGGACUUUGGGUCUGAAUGGGGCCCGGAGUGAGCCCGGUUCCUGCUGUAGAGAACCAGAACCUUUCUGAGACCCAGAAGAUGAUCUGAGACUCAGUGACCUUUGACCUUGGCAUGCAGCUGAACCGACCUCACAGGCUGACCCCCACUUCCUUCUCCACCCAGUUCAGCACCAUGAGGUUCUCCUACCAUCUCCACAGCGCCCCCGGCAGGACAGGCCCCACCUCCUCCACCAGCCCCACCCUGCUGGCUAAGAGCCUCUCUCUGGAGUCGUCCUGCUCUCCAUGUGGCCACCAGGGGGCGCUGGACGCUGACGCUCCCCUGCAGCCCGACUCGAACCCGGGAUCAGAGGAAGGGGCAGAGCAAACGGAGAGCGGUGGGUCCGUGAAUGACACCGGGCCACCAGAGCUGCCCGUAACCACGGUAACGGCCCCAAACCGGACCCGCCCGCCGCUACUGGGGCCCAAACCUCAGGUCCCCCCAAAACCCCCCCACCUGCAGCAGCAAGCUGGAGCGAUGAGGCCACGCCUCCGAGUCCCAGAGAAGUCCCUCCCACCGCCACCCCCCUGCAGGCCCCUCCCUGCUGACCCCCGGGGGGCCUGGACACCCCCCAACCAGGCCGACGGCACCGCCUCCCCCACCUGCGUCCUGUCGCUCAUCGAGAAGUUUGAGCGCGAGCAGAUCAUCGUGGUGCCGGACAUCACCGGGGGGGCGCUGUGUCCCCGCCCACUAGACCCCCCCUCCCCUCAAUCUUCAUCACCUCCAUCCUCUGCCUCGCCUGCCCCCCCCCAACUCGGGGGGGCGGAGCCACCCAGUGACCUCACAGAGCAGGAUGACAUCACACAAGGGGCUGAGCUAUGUGAUGAAGAUGAUGAUGAUAAUGAUGAGGAUGAAGAGCUAGCGGCGGCCUGUCAGGACGACGUCCAUCACAAACGUCUGUCCUUGGAGUCAGGCUACAGCGCCUCAGACAAACCGUUGGAGGACGAGGUGGUUACCGUGGAAACAGAGGAGCAGCAGCCCCCGCUGCCUCCGGACCAAUCAGAGCUGCCCUCUGAGCGCCUAUCCCUCCCCUCCUCGCAGACGGACGGGAAGUUGGCCAAUCGGGACAGCGGCAUCGACAGCAUCAGCUCGCCGUCGCACAGCGAGGAGCUCUGCUUCACUGGUGUGGAUGAUGGGGGCGUGGCCUAUCCCUGCAGCCCCGCCCUCUUGCCCCGCCUCUCCAGCUCCUCAUCCACCGCCGGGGAGGUGGGAGAGGCAGAGGAGGCCCGGAUGGGGGCGAGGAGGAAGAGGGAUUUCGCUGAGGAGGGCGACAGUGACCUGGAGGAGGAGGCGGAGCUAACUCUGGUUUUGGCCCCGCCCAAACCGGACCGGCAGGAAUCCGUGGAGCUGUCCGUCCAUCAGCGGGUCUUCAACAUCGCCAACGAGCUUCUCCUCACCGAGACCGCCUACGUGUCCAAGCUCCACCUGCUGGACCAGGUGUUCUGCGCCCACCUGCUGGAGGAGGCGCGCUGUCGCUCCUCGUUCCCCUGUGACGUGGUUCAGGGAAUCUUCUCCAACAUUUGCUCCAUCUACUGCUUCCACCAGCAGUUCCUGCUGCCGGCGCUGCAGAAACGGAUGGAGGAGUGGGACUCCAACCCACGGAUCGGUGACAUCCUGCAGAAGCUGGCUCCCUUCCUUAAGAUGUACGGAGAAUAUGUGAAGAAUUUUGACCGAGCCAUGGAGCUGGUGAACAUCUGGAUGGAGAGGUCCGCUCCGUUCAAGGCCAUUGUCCAGGAGAUCCAGAGAGAGGAGCGCUGCGGGAACCUGACGCUGCAGCACCACAUGCUGGAGCCGGUGCAGAGGAUACCCCGCUACGAGCUGCUGCUCAAGGAUUACCUGAACCGCCUCCCGGAGGACGCCCCGGACCACCGGGACGCCCAGAAGUCUCUGGAGCUGAUCGCCACGGCCGCAGAACACUCCAAUGCCGCCAUUAGGAAGAUGGAGCGAAUGAGGAAGCUGCUGAAGGUUUAUGAGCUUCUGGGCGGAGAGGAAGACAUCGUCAACCCGACCAACGAACUCAUCAAGGAGGGACACAUCCUCAAGCUGUCCAAUAAGAAUGGAACCACGCAAGACCGAUAUCUGAUCCUGUUCAACGACCGGCUGCUGUACUGUGUCCCCAAGUUGCGCCUGAUUGGUCAGAAGUACAGCGUCCGCGCUCGCAUCGACGUGGACGGCAUGGAGCUGAAGGAGACAAGCAGCGUCGCUGUUCCCAGCAGAACCUUCCUAGUGUCUGGAAAACAGAGAUCUCUGGAGCUGCAGGCCAGAACGGAGGAAGAGAAAAAGGACUGGAUCCAGGCCAUCCAGGCCACCAUCCAGCGCCAUGAGCAGACCAUGGAGAGCUUCAGACACCUCACCUGUACUCUGCGAGACGACGAGUCCACGCCGCCCCACUCCCCGAGUUGCGUGGAGUUGGGAAAACGAGCGCCGACUCCGAUCCGGGAGAAGGAAGUGACUCUGUGCAUGAAGUGCCAGGAGCCGUUCAACUCCAUCACCAAGAGACGCCACCACUGCAAAGCCUGCGGACACGUGGUUUGUGGCAAAUGCUCGGAGUUUCGCGCUCGCUUGACGUACGACAACAACCGGACCAACCGCGUCUGCGUGGAUUGCUACGUGACGCUGGUGGGGGCGUCGCCGUCGCCGGGGGCGAUGAGCAGCAGCAGCCAGAGGAGGCGCUCCAUCCUGGAGAAACAGGCCUCGCUGGCCGCAGAGAACAGUGUGAUUUGUAGUUUUCUUCACCACAUGGAGAAGGGCGGUGGGCGGGGCUGGCAGAAGGCGUGGUUCGUCAUCCCGGAGAACGAGCCGCUGGUGCUCUACGUCUACGGCGCUCCGCAGGAUGUGAAGGCGCAACGCAGCGUCCCUCUGAUUGGCUUCGAGGUCUCGCCGCCCGAGUCAUGUGACCGCCUGGAGCGACGCCACGCCUUCAAGAUCUCCCAGAGUCACCUGACUCUCUACUUCAGCGCCGAGGGGGAGGAGCUACAGCGCAGGUGGAUGGACGUCCUGUCCAGGGCCGGCAGGGGGGAGGAGCCUCUCAUCCAUCUGCCAAUCGUGGAGAGCGUGGAGGAGGAAGGGGAGGAGCUUGACGGCGAGACGGAAGAAGAGAACACCUGAUUUCACUCGAGUGAAGACGAAGAUGAGACUGAAUCUGGAAAACCUGUCCUGGUCGGACUGAAGAAAAAACACAGCCAGAACCAAACCCGAGUUAAUCCAGAACUAAGUUCCCAAACAGACCAGGUCAACCAUAGAAAUAAUCUGUAAUUUACCCAGAACCAAACCACAACUGAUCUACAACAAACCCAGAAAUAGAUCAUUCAUAUUUCAUCCAAAAUAAAUCCAUAAAUAACAAAGACGUCAUUUUUACAAAAACAUGAAGGGAAAUUCUGAACCAGAACACAUCUAGAACAUUUCAGAACAACCUGAACACAAACCAACCAGCAGCCAAUCCAGAAACAUGAAUCUGAUGCUAGGAAAUAAAAUCAGAUCAAAAUCACCAGAAGAACCACAGGAACCGGUUCUGAUCUGGACCGGAUCAGAACCGGUUCUGGUUCUGUUUCUGGGCAGCAUAAUCCAGAAAAGCAACACAUCAGGAUCAGAAUCAUUCCCAGAUGAACCAGUGAAGUUCUGUGGUUCUCUGGACCCGACCCGGAGAACCGGAACCAUGAAGCACACAGAACAGUCCACUCCAGAGUCUCUGGAUCCGACCCGGAUCUUCCUCUCCAGGGGAUGCUGCUCCUCUUCCUUCAUGUUCUGUAUGAGUUUCUGCUGAAGGUCCUGAUCCAGACUGGAUCGGAUCGGAUCCUGGGAGAACUGGGUCACAGUUGGUCCGUCUCCAUGGCGACAAACAGUCCUGCAGAAGGUCAGGCCAGUGAGACCGGUUCGGUUUGGUCUCAUCCCAGAAAGUUUUCACACCUUCACAGAACUUCCUGCAGUACCAACCCAAACAGCACAAACCGGGCCCAGAGUUCUGCUCAUCAGGUUCUGUCUCACAUUCCUGAGGAUCCAAAGAUCUGAAGGUCCAGUCCAACAUCCCGCCCAGGUUCUACACAAACAGCAGAGAACCAGAACCGAUCCGUCCCGCUGGACCGGCAGGAGGGUCUGCAGAACCGGAACCCUGUAGGUGAACUACAUUAUCCAGCAUCUUCUCCCCCUGCUGGUGAGGUUGGGUACAGCAGGGUUUCCGUUCUCUGUGUGAAUAUAUUUCUAUUUGUUUACAGCAGAUCUCUGAUUUACUGGGUUUUCUUCCGUCUGAAACGAUUCCAAAAAACAACAAAUAAAACGUGGAACUGUUUAAUAUUUAAUGUUGGAGAUGAAAGCUAAUU